GCUGGUUUUUUUGUUUUUGUUGUUAAGAAGUGAAGUCAGUCAGUUAGCAUUUUGACCUCGGAGAGAGAUGUUCGGAGGGGAAACCCGAUUUGGUUGAUCCGAAAGAAUCGCUUGCAGUGCUCUUGGAAUUUUGUUUUGAAGCUUCAUUCCCCCCAGCCGCGGCGCGCAUUUUCGGAAUUAAUUCAACUGCUGGUUCUGUUCGACUAUGGUAAUAUGCAUUUUGUUCGAUGGAUUACCCGUGGAAUCGGGGUAAGUUGCACUUCUAAUUCAAUUUUAGAUGGAAUUUAAUAAGCGAAAUGCCGACUGAACUUAAUUUGAGAAACAUUUUUAUACUGAAUAAAUCGAAAUGGCCCCGAAGCAAAAUUAAAUACCCGAUGUUAUUGCCUGUGUACUUAAUGUUCUUUCUCGUUCGGACUUCAACGGGACAGGGGCAAACGGUGAGAUCGCGUGAAGUGGAUAUGCGGGUACAAUUUGAAAUAGAAGAAGGCCAGCCCCCAGGCUCUGUUGUUGGUACCAUUCCUACAAAACCCAACUUUACCUACAGAUUUAACGAACGACCACCGGAGUUUUACUUAAAUGGCAGUACGGGUGUAAUAACAACGGCUAUGGAAAUUGACAGAGAAAUGCUGGCUAGUGAAAAAUUUGACUUAGUCAUUUUGAGUAGUCAACCAACAUAUCCAAUAGAGCUUCGGAUAGUUGUUGUAGACAUCAAUGACAACUCUCCCAAAUUUCCAGAGCCUGGUAUCGAAGUUUCUUUUUCAGAAAGUGCCAACGUAGGAACUCGAGUCAUACUGGAUACGGCAACCGAUCGUGAUGUUGGUAUUAAUGAUGUUAAUACUGACUAUAAAAUUGUUUCUGGAAAUUCCCAGUCUAAGUUUAGACUCGUAGUGACUACAAAUCCCAGUGGUGAAACGCCAUAUGUUCACCUAGAAACAACUGGAAAAUUAGACAGGGAAAUAACAUCUGAAUACCAGUUAAAUAUUUCAGCACAAGACGGAGGUACGCCUCCUCGCUUUGGCUAUUUAACAAUAAACGUAACAAUUUUGGAUGUAAAUGAUAAUCCUCCAAUAUUUGAUCACAGUGAUUACUCGGUAAGUUUAAAUGAGAGUGUUCCUCCGGGAACCAGUGUCUUGCAAGUCCGAGCAACCGAUAACGAUAUUGGAGAUAAUUCGAAGAUAACUUAUUUCUUGAGUGACAUUGAGAAUCAAUUUGCCGUAGAUCCUCAAACUGGUGUAAUAACCACACUCGAGGUAUUGAAAUGUCAACAAAAUUGUCCGACUCAAGGAAAAUGUCCCAAGAGUUGCGUUUUUACAGUUUUUGCUCGAGAUCACGGUUCGCCACGCUUGGAUGGCAGAGCUUAUGUCACCGUUAAUUUAUUAGAUGCCAAUGAUCACGACCCUAGCAUAAGAUUUAGGUUUUUUCCAUCCACAGCUAGCUAUGCCACCGUUGAUGAAAAUGCUCACAAUGGCUCUGUAGUUGCUGCUGUUAGUGUUAUCGAUUUGGAUGAGGGUCCCAACGGAGAAACUUCAGUCGAAAUAGAAUGUGGCAAUGAGUUGGGAUAUUUUCGUCUGGAAUCUACGCCUAGUUUUGACAUUGUACGGGUUAAUGGAGUGCUUGACCGAGAAGAAAUCAGUAAAUAUAAUCUCACUAUAACCGCAACUGACCAUGGCAUUCCGCCUCGAAGUUCGACAGCAUUUUUAAUAAUUCACGUGAAUGAUGUCAAUGAUCAUGAACCGAUCUUCGAUAAAAAUGCAUAUUCAGCUGUACUGAGCGAGACAGUACUCGUUGGUACCUUUGUCGCUGGCAUAAGUGCUACAGACGAAGAUUCCGGUGUAAAUUCUGAAAUUUAUUAUGCUAUAGUCUCUGGUAAUGACAGGCGUUGGUUUGACAUAGAUGUCCACACGGGUUUAGUGACCACAUCUCAGGCCCUGAAUCGAGAAGAUCAAGAUUACGUCGAGCUUAAAAUUUCUGCCAGAGAUGGCGGCCCGAAUCCGAGAUUCAGCUAUACUUAUCUUAAAAUACAAAUUCUGGAUGAGAAUGAUGAGACGCCAUACUUUUCUGAAGAUAUCAUCAAUGUUACAUUACUUGAAAGUGCACCUCCGAAUUCUCUUAUCACUGUUGUUACUGCUGUAGAUAAUGAUUUUGGAUUAAAUGGUAGUGUAGGAUAUUUUUUCCACUCGGACGUUGAGCGUUUAUAUCCUAACAAGUUUUUAUUAGAUCCAACUUAUGGUAGAUUAACUCUUAAAGAACAGCUAGACAGAGAGAAAAAAGAUAUAUUAUCUCUGGUAAUAAUAGCAAAAGAUGAAGGCGAACCUUCUCUUUCUGGCACUGUAACGGUUCGCAUUAUCUUAUUGGAUGUAAAUGAUAAUAAACCAAAUUUUUAUCCGAAGCAAUAUUUUAGAACUGUGAGUUCCUCAGACUCACCUGGCACUGUUAUUGCUCAUUUGAUUGCAACAGAUGCUGAUAUAGGUAAAAAUGCAGUAUUGAAAUUCAGUUUAAUUAAUAGUGAUGGAAAUUUUGAAAUUGAUGAAGACACGGGUGUAUUACAAACGAAGAAUGUUCUUAGGAAGCGAGAUUUCUCAAAAUAUGUGUUAAAAGUUGCCGUCAGAAACCCAAACGAAGGAGGUAUGGAUAUGUCUGACGAGGCAGUUGUUUUUGUUUACGUGAGGGGAGACGGCCCAGCAAGUGACUUUGAUUCUAAUAAAGUAUAUAAUUUUAUCGUAGAAGAAAACAUGAAACCAACAGGAUCAAAUAGUGAAAUUGCAAGAUUGCCUGUAAGAUCAAUUGGUUCUGGAGUUAAAUAUAGUAUCGUUGAUGGCGACUCUGACGAGUUAUUUCGAAUCGACGAAUCCCUUGGCAUUAUUCAUAGCGUGCAAUCUAUUGACCGUGAAAAGCAUUCCCAGUUUUCUCUCGAUAUCGUGGCGUAUGAUUUAGUGGGGUUCACCCACAUGACUGUUAAUAUAACAGUAGCAGAUCUUAAUGACUGUUCUCCGACUUUUGAAUAUACCAGUGGUGCUAUCGAGGUAAUGGAGGAUUGGUCAGUUGGGCAUGAAGUUUAUCUCGUAAAAGCUUAUGAUUUGGAUACUGGCCUUAAUGGUAUGAUUGAAUAUUCUCUAUCCACAGAGCAUAAUACAUUUUAUAUUGAUAAAGCUUUGGGAAUGAUUUAUUUGAAUAGACAAGUUAGGUCUGAAGUCGGGAAUGAAUAUAAAGUAUUUGUAACAGCUCGUGAUCUUGGCAUGCCAUCUUUGUCUUCAACAUUACAAUUGUCGAUUGUCAUAGCUGAUGUUAAUGACCGAACACCGGUUUUUGAUCACCAGUCUUAUGAAACUUCUUUGGUAGAAUCCGUACCAGUGAAUGACAGAUUUUACCUGUUACGAGCUACAGAUGCAGAUUACAUAUUCAACCAAGUGACAUACUCAAUUACAUCAGGAAACGAAGAGAAUCGCUUUGGUAUUUUCCCAGAUGGCUAUUUAUAUGUAAAAAGGCCACUAGAUCGUGAAAAGAAAGACUUCUAUUCUCUGAAAGUAACUGCUUCGGAUAACGGUAAGGUAUCUCGUAGCUCUUCGGUUAACAUAGUGAUUCAUAUUAUAGAUGAAAACGAUAACAGUCCUUCGUUUGAUAACAAAACAUUUCAGUUUUUCAUAAGUGAAAACGAACCACCUGAUACUUACGUAGGAAGAUUGUCGGCUGAAGACUCCGAUACCGGAAGAAAUGCUGAAUUGACAUAUUCAAUAUUUUCUACUAACACCCAAACAGAUUUUAUGAUCAACCCUAAAACUGGAUUUAUGAGAACCUUGCGAUAUUUUGACAGAGAACAACUCAUUGAAUCCUCUGGGCAUGAUUAUCUAGUUCUUGAUGCAGUUGUCAAAGAUGGAGGUGCUACGAGGUUAAAGGAUGAAGCUAAAGUUAUUAUCCAUAUAACAGAUGUUAACGAUAACUCUCCUCAGUUUAUUCGAACGCCCUAUCUGGCAACUAUAUCUGAAAGUUCACCUGCGAGCACCCAAAUAAUUAGAGUGGCUGCUGUUGAUGUAGAUCAUGGGAUUAAUGGAAACAUAAAAUAUUCUAUUGUUCAUGGAAAUAUUGGGGAAGUUUUCCAAAUUGAUGAUAUAACUGGUCAAAUUGCUGUUUAUAAACCGACUUUGGAUAGGGAAACCUUCCCUCAGUAUGUUUUAACUGUUAUGGCUAGGGAUAUGGGUGAGGAUAUUUCCCACAACUCCACCACCCUUGUUAAGAUAGAUUUAUUGGAUGAAAAUGACAACAUUCCACGUUUUGUUAAUGAAACAACCAAGUUUAUCAAUAUAAGUGAAGACGCUACCGUUGGCUCUAAAAUCUUCACCUUUUCUGCCACCGAUGAUGAUUUGGGAGUGAAUUCUGAAAUUUCUCAUUUCAUUGCGUCUGGAAAUUUUAAAGAAACUUUUCGCAUUGACAGCAUAUCUGGCUCGCUCUAUCUAGCUCGGCCAUUGGAUUAUGAAGACAAAAACAACUAUGUUUUAAAUGUCAAUGCGAGUGACAGUGGCACCCCUCGACUUGCCACGACUAUGAAGAUCGUGAUAAGAAUUCAAGACGUGAACGAUAACGCCCCUCGUUUUUCGAGUUCCUCUGUCGUGCGUAAAAUCGAUGAAAAUAUCCCACCCAAAACUCCGGUUGUGACGAUAAAUGCUGAAGAUCGGGAUUCCGGUGCGAACGGGAAAAUUAUUUUUAACAUAUCUCACCAAGACCCCCCUGGUUCUCAUUUCGCUAUCCAACCUGAGACAGGACUGAUUUACACAACAGAAGUGAUUGAUAGAGAAUACAGUGAAACUUUUAGAUUAACCGUUGUCGCAACCGACCAAGCUGAGGAUAUAGCAAUGCGCUUGUCUGUAGAAAGAAUCGUGACUAUAAUUGUCGGUGAUAUAAACGAUAAUGCGCCAACCUUUGAAUCGAUGGAUGCCGGAGUUUUGCCUGGGGGUAAGGACAAAGGUUACAAGAUUAUGACCUUGUCCGCAAGUGAUCCAGAUGCCAAUAAUAAUGGAAUGGUUACGUACGAACUUGAAGAGGGUGAUUUGUCUUUGUUUACAUUAGAUAGGAUAACUGGAGAUUUGUACACAGCUGUGGCCAUUAAUGAACCAGCAGUUUCAUACACACUCACUGUAAAAGCAACAGACGAAGCCGUUAUUUCGGCUCGUAAAUCAUCGCGCAGCAAGGUGACGAUUAUUGGAACGAUUGGAAGCAACAAUGGUCCAGCGUUUUCUGCCUCGGUUUAUGCUGGUUCCGUUCCAGAAAAUAAACCGGUGGGAACCAGUGUUUUAAGUGUUUAUGCAAAAAGUGAAACUGGAAAUAAAACACACGUGGAAUAUUUUUUAGCUGCGGUUACUAACCAUGCUGAAUUACCGGAAAGUAGAAUAUUUGCUAUUAAUAGAUAUAGUGGAGUGAUUUCAACCGCCGCUGUGUUAGAUAGAGAAAAAAGUGGUGGUGAAAGCAAUUUCUUUCAUUUGGAUGUGUAUGCUGUGGAAACUACGGCCAAAAUACCCAAGACAUCAAAAACGAAGGUCACCAUUAAAAUCUUGGAUAUGAAUGAUAGCCCACCCGUAUUCGACAACAAUCCCUAUCGAGUUAGCCUAUCAGAGAAUGCCAUAGCUGGUCAUAACAUCAUUACAGUCUCAGCAACAGACCCAGACACUGAAGGUAGCCUUACAUACAUUCUUGUAAAUGAAGAUGAAACUUUUCGUCUUGAUCCACUGACAGGAGAUUUGUAUUUGAAUGAACCAUUGGACAGAGAGAUUAAAGAUUUGCAUGAAGUUAGGAUCAAAGCUGAUGAUGGAGUUCAGUUUACAGAAACUACUGUCAUCAUUGAGAUCAUUGAUUCAAAUGACAACUCUCCAACAUUCUCCUCCCCUGUCUACUCCUUUGAUGUGCCCGAAGGAACUGAAAGAGGAGCUGAAGUAGGUCUUGUGUCCGCCAUGGAUGUUGAUGUCGGUGUGAACAAGCAAAUCAGCUAUUCUGUUCUCAGCGAUUCUGGAAAUAAUGUUUUUUCACUUAAUCCUCAAACCGGAGUAUUCACUCUGACAUCGCAUUUGGAUUACGAACAGACAAAGCAUUACAUUUUUGUUGUCCAAGCUGAAGAUUCUGGGACGCCUAGUUUAUCCAGUACUGUGACAGUUUAUAUAAAUGUUUUGGAUUUGAAUGACAAUCGGCCAUUAUUUGAUUUCAUGAGCUACAGUGAUGAAAUCUUUGAGAACAUCACUGUCGGAACCAGCAUUCUUAGAGUCAGUGCUACAGACAUGGACUCAGGUGAUAACGGAUGCAUUGCUUACAGCAUAAUAGGUGGAAAUGAUGACAACAAAUUCGCCAUACAUAGUCAGCAUGGUAAUAUUUACACCGUGGAUGAAUUAGAUAGAGAAACUCAAUCUUUCUACAGUUUAAUCAUUAAAGCCACCGAUCAAGCUCCUGAUAUUGAAAAACGGCUCUUCAGUACUGUGCAAGUCAGCGUCAUUUUGAAAGAUGUCAAUGACAUGGCGCCUGAAUUCUCUCCCAACGAGACAUCAAUACCUGAAAAUGUACCAAUAAAUACAAUUGUGAUGGCCAUAAAAGCCAUCGAUAAAGACGAGGGAAAAAAUAGCUACAUUGAGUAUGGUCUAGCCCAUUCCAGCAGCAAAUUUACUCUAGGUCCCGUAGACGGAUUGCUCCGUGUGGUCGGAUCUUUAGACCGAGAAGAAGUAUCUGAGUACAAGGUCAUCGUUGUCGCUAAAGACCGUGGCGAUCCUCCUCAAACAACCAUGAGGGAAAUUACUAUUCACGUAACAGAUGAGAAUGAUAACAGCCCUUCCUUUCUGCAAAAACAAUACAAUGCUACUGUAUCUGAAAAUGCUAGUUUAGGCCUAAGCGUUGUUCAAGUUUUUGCUACAGAUGAAGAUGAGGAUUUAAACGCUCAAAUUAGAUAUUCCAUCAUAGCGGGUGAUAUGAAUCACGAUUUUAUUAUUGAUGAAGAUACUGGCAUCAUUAGAAUUAAUAAGAAUCUUGACUUUGAGCGGAAGAAUUUGUAUUCACUAACUAUUCAGGCCGAGGAUGGAGGCGUCGACGUCAAACAUGACACGGCCUCGGUUGUCAUUACUAUUACUGACAUGAAUGACAACACGUGUGUGUUUCAUGAUUCACCUUAUUUGGUUCACGUUAUGGAAAAUAUUUUGUCACUUCCUGUUUCUCUUAUAGUCAUCAAAGCUCAUGAUAAUGAUAAAAUUUCUGAGUUGCAAUAUCGAAUUAAAGACGGCAAUAGGACAAUUUUCUCUAUUGAUUCAAACUCUGGUGAACUCACUAUUCAAAAGUCUCUGGAUCGAGAAGCACAAUCUGAAUACUCUCUCACUAUUGUUUGUAUAGAUUCAGGAUCACCAAGACUAACUGGUACUGGGACGGUCAAAGUUAUAGUGGAUGAUAUCAAUGACAAUGAACCAGAAUUUCUGUAUAGAGAGUAUAUUUUGUCCGCAUCUAUAAAAGAAAACUUACCACCUCUUUCACAUAUUAUAAAAGUGUCUGCAUCAGACAGAGAUAUUGGAAGAAAUGCUCAAAUUAAAUACAGCCUGAUGGGAGAUUCUGAAAAAUUUAGCAUUGAUUCAAGCACAGGAAUCAUCAGUAGCAAUGAAAUUUUAGAUCGCGAAGAAAAAGAUCGUUAUAGCCUUCUUCUCGUGGCUGAAGACAUGGGACUAAUCAAUCAAUACAAAUCAGUAAUGAAUGUGUCUAUAUCUGUCGAGGACGAAAACGACAAUACUCCAGAGUUUGCUGAAUCAAAUUACAGAGUUUAUAUUCCUGACACAGCGAUCGGAGCUCAUUUCGUUUUUGGAGCCAUUGCUAGUGACAGAGACGCUGGAAUGAACAGCAAAUUGGUGUAUCACUUAUCAGGCACAGAUGCUGACAAGUUUCAAAUUAAUCAAGAUACAGGCAUUGUAAAACUUGUGGAAAAAUUGGUAAACAAAUCUGAAGGAUAUGAACUUGAAAUUCAUGCUACUGAUUCUGGCCAAACUCCUUUAUCAACAACAACAUCUGUAACAGUGUACACUCAAAAGCAGGCUUUGUUUCCCCGAUUUCACCCCGGUUUGAGGAAUUUCAAGUUUGCAGAGUCAACCGAGAAUAUUAUUGUCACACGGGUAUCUGCUCUAUCACCAAAAAAUGGUGACAUGGGCAAAAUUAAAUAUUAUAUAGCAGGUGGUAAUUUUGGAAACUCAUUCACUGUUAACCAUCUUGGUGAAGUUAGACUCGUUGGGGGAUUAGAUCGUGAAACUAUAUCUUCAUAUGAACUGUGGAUUGGGGCAUCAGAUAGUGACAUACCCUCUUUAGCUAGUGCAAUAAAACUGGAAAUUCUUGUUACUGAUGUCAAUGAUAAUGCACCAGUAUUUGAAAGUCCAGUGUACAAUGCGACUGUCAAAGAAGAGUUGGAACCACCAUUAUUUGUCAUACAAGUUCAGGCGUCAGAUGCCGAUUUCGGCGUGAAUGGCAAUGUAGAAUAUAGUUUUGAAUCUGAGAGUGAGGUACCUUUUUCGUUGGAUUCAAAAACUGGGAAAAUAUUUACGACUGAUGUACUCGACAGAGAAACAAUAGACGAAUACAAAAUUGUCAUCAAAGCUGUUGAUCAAGGAAAUCCACAAAAAACAAGCUCUGCCACUUUGUAUAUUAAAGUCCUCGACAAAAACGACAAUCCUCCACGAUUCACCAGAUUGUUUACCGCAAAUGUUACAGAAGAUGCCCCUAUCGGCAGUUUCGUAAUUCAAGUUACCUCGUCUGAUCGAGAUAUCAACGAAAACGCAAAUGCAACAUACAGUUUUUCCCAAAAUCCUGGAUCAAAAUUUGUCAUUGAUCCAUUAUCUGGCAAUGUUACUGUUGCUGGUGUAAUUGACAGAGAAAUCAGAGACGAGUAUUUGUUGAAAGUAUCAGCUGUUGACGGUUCUUGGAAAGCCGAGACGCCCUUGACCGUUCUUGUUCAAGAUGUCAACGACAAUGUUCCAGAAUUCAAAUUACCGGAGUACACAUUCAACAUUCCAGAACUCAUGGAGGGAAUUUCCUUCAUCGGCCAAGUGACUGCGACUGAUUCUGAUAAAAAGGGUCCGAAUUCUUUUAUAAGUUAUUCUCUAAAAAGGCCAUCUGAUUUAUUUCGUAUAGAUAGAAAUGGCAACAUCAUUAGCAAUAAAAGAACUUUAAAAGGAUCACCAGAGAAUCGGCACAUGAUACAGGUGGUGGCAACAGAUCAUGGGAAUCCUCCUCUGAGUAGUGAAGUUACAGUCUUUAUAAAUGUAAUUGAUUCCAAUAACAAUGAUCCGGUUUUCCAGAAAGAUUCCUAUUUUUCUCCUGUUCCUGAAACUGCAUCUAUAGGUCUUCCUGUACUUCAAAUAACAGCUGAAGACAAAGAAGAUAUUGGGAUAAAUGGUGAAAUAGAAUACAAGAUAGUUGGAGGAAAUGGAUCAGAUUAUUUUGCUGUGCACAAGAAAACAGGUUGGAUCACUGUCUUGAGUCCUUUGACUGGAUUGAAGAAUAAAUGGUUUUCCAUCGUUUCUCAAGCAGUGGACAAAGGAAUACCCCCUAGAUCAGCUGACGUGUCUGUCAAUUUUGCUGUCACUGGUGAAAACAUCUUUGCACCUGCAUUCUCAGCUUUGAGUUAUCAAGUUGUAAUUCCUGAAAAUGAACCUCUUCUUUCUGAAAUUGUCACAGUGACUGCUACCGAUGAAGAUGAGGGGUAUAAUGGUGAGAUCAUUUAUUCAAUCAGUACUGGAAAUCAAGAUGAUCAGUUUUAUAUUUCACCAACCAGUGGAGCAAUAAGGAUAGCUAAGCAUUUGGACUUUGAAAGUGUCACCACCUAUCAUUUAAGCAUACUGGCAUCUGAUCGUGGUUUUGAGAGCAAAAAUUCCACAGCAGUGUUGACAGUCCUAGUCACGGAUGUAAAUGACAAUCCACCAAUCUUCAAUGCAUCUAGUUUCAAUGCCUAUAUAUUUGAGAACGAAUCUCCUGGUAGCUUUGUGACACAACUAAUUGCAUUUGAUGCCGAUUCUGUUAGAAAUGGCGUCAUUGAGUAUUCAAUUAUAGAAGGCGAUGACUUCAGCUUGUUUCAAAUCGAUCCCAAGACUGGGAUUGUUACAUCCAAAGUCUCAUUUGAUUAUGAAGAAAAGACAAAAUACAUGAUUGAAGUGAUAGCGAGCAACACUGGCACUUUUUUGUUUACAUCAACGGCUCUGCACAUUAAUGUUAAAGGCAAAAAUGAAUAUUACCCCCAUUUUAUUCAACCAGUGUUUCAGUUCGCCGUGAGCGAGUCGGCUGGAGUGGGCACUACAAUUGGUCAGUUGCAAGCCAUCGAUGAAGAUAGUGGGGAAGAUGGCGACAUUUACUUUCUACUAGUUGGCAGCAAUGUAAAUAAGGGUUUCCAAGUUGACACAAAAAAUGGAAGCAUCAAAGUAUCCAGGAUACUGGAUCGGGAGUCUCAAUCUCGGGUUGUGCUUACAGUCCUGGCCAAAAACUUUGGAAGCAUACGAGGAAACGAUACGGACGAGGCUCAAAUUGUCAUCAGCAUACAAGAUGGCAACGAUCCUCCCGUCUUUUCGAAGGAUGUUUAUGAAGCAAGAGUGUCUGAAGCGGCCCUUUUGGGAACGACAGUCGUUUCUGUAUCGGCAGUCGAUAAAGAUGUCCAUCCUAAUAACAACCAAUUCUCGUUUUCUAUACUGUCGGGAAAUGUCGAUAAAUCCUUUAGUAUAGACCCUCAAACCGGGACAAUUUACACCUCUGGAGUUCUUGACAGAGAAUUGUAUUCUCUGUAUAAUUUGACUGUAACUGCAACUGACAGUGGAAACCCACCACAAACUGGAUCAACCUUUGUUAAAAUUUACAUAGAUGACGUGAACGAUAACGGCCCUUCGUUUGAUUCAGAAAAAACUUUUGGGUAUAUAUUAGAAAACGAACCUCCUUAUUCGAGUGUCAUGGUUCUUAGUGUGACCGAUGAUGAUUUGCCUCCAAAUGGUGCGCCAUUUAGGUUUGCACUUGUUGGGGGAGAACAUAAAGAUUUUUUCGAUAUUGACCCAAUAUCGGGAUUAGUCAAAACAACCAGGAGCCUUGAUAGAGAAAUUUUGCCAGAACUUGAUAUUAUAGUGGAAAUAAAAGAUAGUGGAAAACCUCCAAUAAGCACCAAAAAUCCUCUUAGGAUUUCUGUACUUGAUAAGAAUGAUAAUCCCUCAACACCAAGACCCCUUACAGUUUUGGUUUGGGUGCAUAACAGAAGAUUCCCUGGUGGUAAAAUUGCUGACAUCAGACCCUUAGAUUUGGACAUAAUUGGUCAAUAUCACUGCGAAAUUACUGAGGGCAAUAGUGCUUUGUUCAGAGUUCCUAAGAACUGUGAUUUAUAUGCUGCGAAAUUAGAUAACCCUGCAGGAAGCUACACGUUGAAUGUAACAGGAAAUGAUGGCAUUCACAAGAACCAGUCUUCUAUUAUUAAAGUGAAAUUCCUGAAUUUUGAUAAUUCUACCUUGCAGAAUAGUGUCUCUUUACGAGUGUUUAAUUUUUCUGCUGAUGUUUUUCUGAGGGUACAUUUUGACAAUUUCUUGCGUAUUUUAGAAGAUAUCUUUCAGCCCACAAGAGGUGGAAGUGAACCAGUUGUAUACAGCAUAGUCAACAUUGAAGAACAUUUAGAAAUAACUCUUGCAUCAAGAGUAUCCGAGAACCGAUAUAUGCCUCCUCAAGAUUUAUUUAUUUUGAUGAACACAAAACUACCAUUCAUUCAAGACAUCAUUAAAGAAAACAUAGUUAUUGAUUAUGAUCCCUGUAAAAGCGAACCGUGCCAAAGUAACGGUAUUUGCAGCAGUUUCUUAGAAAUGAAAAAUUCCUUAUCCAUUGUUGACUCUCCAUCAUUGAUUUUUACUUCUCCUUAUGUUGCUCGCCAAUUUGCUUGCAAAUGUCCGGAAGGGUUCUCUGGCUCUGUGUGUCAGUAUCAGCAAGAUCCGUGUUUGCCCAAUCCUUGCUUGUUUGGUGGUAUCUGUCAUCCUGACGGUGCUUCUUUCCGUUGCGUGUGCAUUACUCAGUAUGAAGGUGAAAGAUGUGACCUACCUCGAAAAGAAUCUUGUGCGAGUGCACCGUGCAAGAAUGGUGGAACCUGCCAAGAAGCACCAAAUGGUGGUUUCUUCUGUUUAUGCAGACCGGGCUUCAAGGGAUUAGUUUGCGAACAAACUGCUGAUGCUUGCAGACCAAAUCGUUGUCUGAAUGGUGGAACUUGCAUGAGUGAAAAUUUAGGUUACCACUGUUUGUGUACCUCUAAUUAUUUUGGAAAGCAUUGUGAGAAGUCAUCUUUUGGAUUCCAUCCAUUUUCGUACAUGGCUUUUAAUUCUCUGCAACCAACAACAAAUGACAUAUCAAUUGUGUUUUCGACAAAUAACCCCAAUUCCCUAUUGGUGUAUAACUUUGGUGCUCAAACUGGUGGUCGGUCUGAUUUUCUUGCUUUAGAAAUAGUUAACGCCAUACCAGUUGUAUCUUUCGGAGGUUCAAGAACUGCAAUUACUAGAAUAUCUGCUAACAUGAUAGUUUCUGAUGGAAAGUGGCACAAAGUAACUGUUAUUCGAAAUGGAAAGGUUGCUUCAGUGUCUGUUGCUAAUUGUAAUGAAAAUGGCGAUACUUGUGAAGAGUGCCUUCUUGGCAAUUCUACUUGCUCUAAAUCUGCAUCAGGUCACACUGGAACCUUAAAUUUCAAUGGUAACUCUAUGCUCCUUGGUGGCGUUCCUACAGUAGAUCGUCUCCUCGAACGCCCUGGUCAAGUGUCAACCCACGAUUUUGUUGGAUGCAUGCGAGGAUUAUUUGUGGAUGGUCGAGAGAUUGACAUGAGUGUGCCACUAAAAUCUGCCCUCAUCACAACUUGCAGCAGAAAAGGAAAUCCUUGUGCCACUUCAACCUGCGGUGAAGGUGCAACUUGCAUUAACAAUUGGUUUAGCAGUACAUGUCUUUGCAAUUUUGGAAUGAUUGCUACAUCUUGUAUUGAAGCUGAAAAGCCUUACAGUAUUGGAGGGGGUAGUUUCCUGGAACUUAUUCCCCAAGAAAAGCAUAGAAGGACACAAUUAUUAAUAGAAAAAUCAGCAAAGACUUCAUCUAAAGUGUUAUCAUUCCAUUUAAGAUCUCAAUCUGAUAAUGGUAUAAUAUUCUACUCAGGAAGAGAUGAUGAACGUACUUUACUCCAGGUUGUCAAAGGGAAAUUAGUCUAUUCUUCUAAACUGAAGUCUUCUGAUGAAGUAGUUAUGGAACUCAGUUUACCGUCCCUCACUGAUGGUCAGUGGCAUAAAAUAAGUUUGGUUUUUGCUGACGAAAAACAUGUUCAUUUAAACAUCAGUAUGGAUCAUUACACUCAAGUGAUUGUCUCAAAGAAAACUCUUCACGAUUUUCUUGAACCUUAUAUUUCUUCAAUAGUCUUCGGUGGAGAAUGGGAGCAUCUUCAGUUCACUGAUGUUUUGGGAUGCAUAAAACUAAUUGCCAUCAAUGAUGAAGUGCAACAAGCAAAUUCAUCUGGUUAUUUCAAGCUCUUUCAGCAUGGUAAUGCCAACUCUGUGUGCCAAAGUGAAGCCCUGGGAAUUGAUAAAGUUACAACUGAUCCAUUGAGCAUAGGGGUCAUUCUCGUCAUAGUCUUCUUUGUUAUACUGCUAGUUGUCAUUCUUAUCAGUUUCCUCGUAUUUAGAAGACGAAAACUAAAACGAGAUAAAUGUACCAGCCAAAUAAAACAGAAUGGCAAUGCCUUUUUGACCAGCACUUCUGCCGAUGCUCACCGAUCUCAUCCUGGAUUUACAGACAACACAGCCAAUGAGGAUAUUCUUCGAAAUCACCUGCCCGAUGAUAUCAUGCCCAAGAAAUUGAAAGACAGAGAUUCCAUGUCCUCCCACACCGAAUGUCCUCAAAAAAGGCCGGAUAUCAUCGAAAGGGAAAUUCACAGCAAGCCAGCCUUUGUGCAGCGAAUUGAAGAUCCCCCGAUCCAUACUUCAGAUAAGCCACAAAAUAACUAUCUGAGAGAUAUGGAAAAUCCAGUUGACCUCGAGCCACCGGAACAUUAUGAUCUGGAAAAUGCCAGUAGUAUUGCACCGUCUGAUAUUGAUGUGGUGUACCACUACAAAGGAUUUAGAGAUGGCAACAUUAAUAAAUACAAAUCCCCUCCGAAUUCCGAAAUUCCAUCGUAUCACAAGCACAACCACAGGCAUAGUCCUCACCAGUUUCAAUCGAAACCUAUUCGUGAAAGCCCUCGUAACAUCCUGCACAAGCCCCACAAUCCUUUAAUUCAAAGCAACAAAAUGCAGAACACUCCUCUGGCUCGCUUAAGCCCUUCUAGUGAACUCUCUCAGCAGACGCCUAGGAUCCUUACUCUUCAAGAUAUCAGUGGCAAGCCUCUACAGAAGGCGCUGCUUGCCACCGCGCAAGGAGUUGGAUCUAAGCAAUUUCAAGAUCCUAUGACUAAUUCUGAUCGUAGUCUAAAUAGUCCAGUUAGUAAUUUAAGUCACAGUACUAGUAGCAUGCAAUCUAGCCACCAGAACAUUAAAAAACUAAAAUCCAGGGACAAUAGCAUGACUUUAGGUCUCACUCCUGAGGAGAUAGAGAGGCUAAAUGCCAGACCAAGAAAUUUAAGUCUAGUUAGUACCUUAGAUGCCGUGUCAUCGUCCAGUGAUGACAAUGCCAACAAAAGUGCUCAUAACAAAUUAGCAGAACUUUUAGAGUCAAAUACAGAGCUUUUAGAGGCACAAGACUCCUCCACCGAUGAAAGUGGUAACGAUUCUUUCACGUGUUCCGAGUUUGAAUAUGAUAACUAUGACAAAGUUCAUCGGGAGUUCGGACCACGCAAUAUGAUAUUUUCAAAAUUAGCCGAAGAGGACAAUGAAAAUGAUGAAGAAUAUAGUAAAAAUUACGAUAGGUUUGAUUCUUUCAGAGGAUCAUUUAGUACUUUAGUCGCUUCUGACGACGAGUCCUCAAAUCCUCCUCCUUACAAACCAGCAAACGGUUCCAUGCUAGGCUGGGACUGUUUAUUAAAUUGGGGACCAAAUUUUGAAAAUUUAGUAGGUGUUUUUAAAGACAUUGAGCAAUUACCAGACAAUGUUAAUUCAAAUGGACAUGCACAAACUGAUGAAGAUUAUGUAUGAACCGUGUAAUUUAAUAGUCAUUGUAUAUAAUACAUUUGUCCUCUUAAUCAAAUUUUAAUUUCCAUAAGUUUUCCUGACAAA